UUUUUAUUGUUUGUUUGAUUAAAAUACCAUGUCGCAACAAGCCGGAGAUCAACAACAAGCGCAAUAUGUGCAGGUACCUACUGACGCCAUGAAUCCUCAGCAGCAACAGCAAGUGAGCAGCUUGAACUCGGUAGCUACAGCUUCCAAUACGAGCAAUUAUCCUGCUUUUGAUUUAGGAAAGUUCUGGACCGAGCAAAUGCAAUUGGCUGACAUGUUUGAAUCCGAUUUCAAGAACCAUCCUUUACCAUUGGCAAGAAUCAAAAAGGUCAUGAAGACAGACCAAGAAGUGAAGAUGAUUAGCGCAGAGGCUCCUGUGUUGUUUGCCAAGGGUUGUGAAAUUUUCAUUACGGAAUUAACAAAACGAGCCUGGGUUCACGCAGAAGAGAAUAAGAGACGAACUUUGCAAAGAUCAGAUAUUGCUACGGCUAUUUCCAAAACAGACAUGUGUGAUUUUUUGAUUGAUAUUGUACCUAGAGAGGAAGCUAUCAAGAGUCAAAGUGCUCCUUUUGAACAACAACAACAACAGCAACAACAGCAACAACAGCAACAACCUGAAUAUGGUGGUUAUUAUCCUCAGGGAGCUGUUCCCCAAUAUCCUCAGCAAACCAUGGAUGCUGCUACUGCUUAUUAUCCUCAAUUGACAGCUGAACAAAUGCAGCAGUAUCAACUUCAGCUCCAGCAAUUUGCUCAACAGCAACAGCAGCAGCAACAACAACAACAGCAACAACAACAACAACAACAGCAGCAGCAACAACAACAACCCUACCCUCAUGGUGCGGAAACAUCCAAUAGCACAAGCCAAGCUAAUAAUACAAAGACUGAAUAA